AUGAAGGAAUAUCCCACUUUUUCUCUUGAGAAGGGUUUGUAUGAUGAAAAUACCUAUUGGGGUCGUGUGAAGUAUAAUAUGAUCCGUUGUGACUUCAGAAAACUCAUUUUGGGCAAAAAGGCUCAUGAUGAGGCUAUGGAAAAGAUCGAGUCUUGGAAGCGCGGCGAGAAUAAGUACAGCAACGAAGAGUUGUGGAAGGCGCGAAAUAUCAUCGAGUCGAUGGAGCAUCCCCAGACCAAGCAGAUUAUCAACCCUAUCGGUCGUAUGUGCUGCUUCGUCCCUGCCAAUAUUCCUAUUCAGUUCGGUAUGCUGUUAGCGCCGCCGACCACCUUGAAUGUGAUCUUUUGGCAGUGGGCCAACCAGACCUACAACGCUAUGUUCAACUACAGCAACCGCAACACGUCGACUGAGUCGAACUGGAAGGACAUUGGAAAGGCGUAUUGCUCGGCCACUAUCGUGUCUGUGAGUGUGGCUCUGGCCGGUAACAAGCUGGUCCAGCGUCUUGGUGGUGGCGGUCUGCUGGGCAAGUGCAUUCCCUGGUUCGCUGUGGCGUGUGCCGGAGCGGCGAAUGUGUACUUGAUGCGUUUCAAGGAGACGCGCACAGGUAUCGCGGUGAUGGAUAAGGACGGAAACCAGCUUGGUGUGAGCCGAAAGGCCGGAACCAAGGCUGUGAAUCUCACUGCCCUCACGCGUGUCCUGCUUCCCACGCCUGUGCUGCUGCUGCCUCCGUUCAUUUUUGAUGCCUUACGAGCGCUGCACUGCAUGCCUGCUGGAAAGUGGGGAGGUAUCGCGAUGAAUCUGGUGGUUUGCACGGCGUGUCUGUGGGGAGCGAUGCCGCUGGCUAUUGCUGCGUUCACGUCUACUCAGCCUUUGGCUGUGAAUAAACUGGAGCCCGAGCUGCAGCAGUCAUUGCGCGAGCGCGGAUACAAGGAUACGAACGUGUACUUUGAGAGAGGUGUCUAAAGCAAUUGA